UACCCCUACCCGUUCACUCCCUGGUGAUUAUCCGUUUUGGCCACCCCCAGUACAAAGGCCGCACAGCCUGGAUGACGAGGUUGGCGCCAAGCUGAGUAGGACGGCCAGCUCCAGCGAGGGGAGCGCGGCGCGGACGGCUCCCACGUCACGCCAUGAUCCCUCCCUCCCCGCCAACAGCCGCGUCGUCGCACUUGUUCCGAAGAGACGUCGUCGUCGGCGAAUCGGCGGCCAGCCUCGCGAGCACCUGGGUGGCUAUCUCUCGACUACACCGCGCCAGGACUGCCGCGGGCCUGCCAGGGCGACCACAGCGAGAGCUCGCGCGGGAGACAGCGCGCGCGCCUCGGCUUUAGCCUCGGCCAACAAGGCCCACCUCAAGCCCAACAAGCCCAAUGUCGACGCCCGGCGGCGUCAGGCGGCAACCCCGGCGUCGGGACUCGGGGGAGGGCGGCGACCUCGACCGGCGGCACCCCUUCGAGAACGUGCAGCGCUUCAGCUCGCCGUCCCGGCCGCACAGGAACAACAGCGACGUGGACGACUUCAGGAAGCUCGGUCUCGCUACCGGCGCGUUCUGCAUGAUCCAAAGCUUACUUUGGGUCGCCAUGAGUACCGCCGCGAUACUGGUGUACCGAGACAUCAUCCCCACUGCAGAAAUUCCACCCGUGAACUCCGCCGACCUCAACCCCAACCCCUGGGAGGAUUUCGAUACCAUGCUGACGUACUUGUACUUCAAAGAGGGUGCUAUCUUGAGGAUGCCACAGGAAGGCCUGGUGACCCAGCACACCAUGUACCUCAUGAUGUCCUCCAUCUUCAUUAUCAACGCCUUCUGGUUCGUCACCUCCUCCGUCAUGUUCGCGAAACUGCGCUCCGGUGGACCCCGCUCCUGGGUCUUAUCCAUACGGGUGUGGGCCUUCUCGACGGCGGUAGUGACCGUCAUGGACGUGGUGCUGGGGUCUGCCAUGGUCCGCGACUUGGUGGUGCUGCAGAACGACGACCCGGCCACGGUCACGACCAACGUCUUGUCCACCCGGAUGAGCCAUUGCGCCGCCUUGGUGCUCGUGGUGUCGCUGCGCGCCGGGCUGAUCCUCGUCGCCAACGUGGGCCUCAUGAUCUCCUUGCUGUACCUGUUAUCCAAUCGGCUAAAUCCUCCUAGGGAGCAGGCAUCGUUACCGUCCACGAGGGAGUCACCGUCUGCCACCAAGCGCGAGGGGCCCAUAGACGCCUUCUUGUUCCCGAACAGCAGUGACGGCCACAUGGGCACACGCAACCCCGCGUACGUACCGGACGACGUGGACGCCUUCUACAACCCGCCGCAGUCGAACAACUGGACCUCGUUCAAACCCCCUGCGGAGGAGGCUCGGCGCGCCCAGUGGCUGCCGGACCCAGUUGGCCCCGCCCCCGCACUGGGCCAGAAGAGGCUGAGAAGGAUCACGCCGGAGGACAUGGCGCACCUGUCGUGGAUGGAGGAGCCUCAGAAGCACGUCGGGGUGGAGCUGCGUCGCCCGAUGGGUUGGCCCAGCGCGCCGACCGAGCAUCGUCACGCUCUGUUGGAGCCGGAGCAGCCCGCAAGACUGCCCAGUCCCGAGCUGCCCGACGGGCAACCCGACGGGCACACGGGGCUCGGCCCGGGCUUUGGUUUCAGCUACCUGCACGGCCCCGGGCACAUGCUGCCCAGAGUGCGCGUCAAUCCUGACGCCCCCAAGCUACCCUCCAUCCCGCCGCCGGACUACUCACCUCCGGCGGCGCGCAGGGCGACAGGUAAGGGCUUCGGCCCCGCAGCCAGGCCCGACCGGUACUGAGCAGGGCCCGGGGAUGCGAAAUCCGACAGACUUAUAGCGUGGAUCUUGAGAUACCUCCCUUGGUUUCCAAUCUUCACAAGGACGAUACUGACCCCGCUCUCACGCUCUGCUCUCCGCUUGUGUGCGCGCGUCGUGUGUACCCACCUGUUGGCUGAGUGAGAACCCCACACCUCGCGAUCAGUCUCCUAUAUUGGAAGUCGAUUGUUUGGGGCCGCACCCAAACCACGUGACGGGUUGUUGGCGGGUUUUGACCCCCCCUCCCCCCUGUGGUGGUCUCGGGACCCCUCCCCCCUCCAUUUCAACGUGGUUUUCAGCAUAUGUUUUAUUUGACGUAUUUACGACAUAUAGAGCAUUUUAACGAAAAGUGCAUGUUUGCUGAUGUUGAAAAAGUGAAUUUGGUGGUGACUUUGUGACCAAUCAGUGGCAGAUUUCAGUGUUCAAGCAAGAAACGGAUUUUUCUUUAAUUUUUCAAAAAUAUGUUUUUUUAGCAGGUAAUUAAUAGUCGCGUGACUUGGCCAAAGACCCUCCCCCCUGGAGGUGGAGCGUGGUGUUUUCAUCCCCCCUCCCCCCAAAUUCGUCACGUGGUUUGGGUACGGCCCCUUGAGGGCUGUACAUUUCUUUUGUAUCUGUCUAAAUUGUUGCAAGCUAUCAAUAAACAAUGUCUUGCCCCUUUGUUUGUGAAAAUAUUGGCUUGAAUUAUUGUCAGAGAGUGUGUUUCAAGUGUGUUUAGCUUGGCACUUUAGUCUGAAUCACUUGUGUGUAAAAAAAUGACACGUUUAUAUGUGCCUAAGCAGGUGUGACCUUUGCGCUGUGAAUACAUGUUGAAUUAAUUUUGUGUUA